UUUUUACUUUCACACACAAUCUGCGCUGGCUCAGUUGUCACAAAUUCACAAUAACCUUUAAAUUGUUUUAUAACCGAUCAUAUACACGACAGAGACCAGGAUGUGCGAGGUAGUCCUCCCAUGCGAGUAUAAUCCCAAGGCAUGUCCGAGUCCUGCGGCGGGGAAAAGCCGCCUCUUCACGAUCCUGCUCCUCUACUGUUGGCAGCGGGAGUACGACAAGCGACCCUACCGCCAGUUCCAGUUCAAAAGACUCAUGUUCGAGGAGCGGAUAGGUCGGAAGUACCACUGCAUCCGCGACUUCCGGGUCAUCGUUAACUAUCUGCUGAGGCGUCCGCAGUUGGCCAUCAAAAUCUCCAGCUUGAUUGUCAGCAACUGGGAUGCGGGCUUGCUCAAGGACUUUGUCUGCUCACUGAUCCCCGUCUGGUAUAUCGAGCUGAAUCUGAUGCGGUUUCCGCACGAGUUCUUCGUGAUGCUGCGUCUUAAUGCGGCUAAGAUGAAUGUUAGCCAGCUGAGUUUGGAAGGAACCCCCCUCACCGAUGACGAUGUGCGCAUCCUGCGAGAGUUCCUGCUGGUCAGCAAGACCCUGCGCAGGCUCAAUGUGUCCAGCUGCAGCCUGACUCAGUUCAACUUCGCUCUGAUCGCUGACGGAGUGUACAAGUCGUCUGGAGUGCGACGGUUGAGUGCCAACAGGCUGCUGGGGAUGAGCCUCAGCCUGGACACGGAGAAAAUUGCCUCUGUGCUGAGCUCGCUACUGAUGCAGAAUACACUCUGGGCUCUUUCGCUGGAGCACUGCGAACUGACCGCCCAGGACAUGAUUCCCAUUGCGGAGCACCUGGCCCGCACCAACUCUAAAUUUCGCCGCCUCCGCAUCGCCUGCAACAAGAUCGGUCCGGAUGGAGCCUUCUUCCUGCUGCGUGGAAUGUCCAUAGGAGGAAAUCUGGAGUUGCUGGACAUGAGCUACUGCUCGAUUGGCACACACGGCGGCGAGUGGGUGGCCAAGUACCUGACCUCGUGCCGCAGGCUGCAGAUCCUGCACUUGAACUACAACGACAUGGGGCCGGAGGCAGUGAAUCUCAUCCUUUUGUCCAUGAAGAAGCAGUGCAAGCUGGAGCGCCUCACCUUGUAUGGCAACCACUUUGACUCGCGUUCCGCGAUGAUAGUGCGUCGCUUGCUGGAUGCCGACGUAGUGCUGCACUCCGAGCUGGACAUCAGUUACACCUACGAUGAGGCACUGCAGGAUUACAGGGUGGUGCCUUGGAGGUAAAACUGGAUACGAAUUUGUUAGUUCUGUUUGCUCGUAAGUAAAUUAAAGUCUACUCCGACAAAA